UUUUUUUUGAUCAUAUAAAAUAGAUAAGAAAAAAAUCGAACAAGAAGAUCAAUUAUUAGUUAAUAAUAUAAAUAUAGAUUCUCAAUUAUUGAAACACAAUGUUGUCAAAGACAAAAUAACAAAAAAUAAAACACAACUAGUAUUAGACUUAAAACAAGAACAAAUCAACUUUAAUAUAAAUAAAACCAAAAAUAUACGAAAUAAUUUGGAACAAAUAGAUGAAACAGAAUCAAAAUUAGUACAUAAAAGAAAAAUGAAUGAAGGAAUUCCAUUAGGACGAGAUGAAGAAUUACCAGAACGAGUACAAAUUAAUGAACGACCAAAACCAAAAGCUUUAGAUAUUGAAGUUGUUUUUAAAUCAAACGAUGGUGAAAAACGAAAUUGGAUUGAAGGACGAGAUGGUGAAAAUAAAGAAGAAAAUGAACCACGUUUUAACCUACUUCAAUAUAAUCGAACAAAAUUUCAAGAAAAUCAACUUAUCAAUCCUCCGAUGACAAAGAAAAAAUUUAAACUUAAACCAAAAUUAAAAUUACACAGUGAUGAUGAGAAUGAUGGGUCAAACAAUAUUAUGACUGGCUUUUUGGUUUUUAUUUUAUGUGUUAUUAUUAUUUAUUUGAUACUAAGCAAUAAAAAUAAAAUAUUAGGUUUAAUAAUCGAAGGAUGUAAACGACGACGUGCAAUGAAUGGACGUCAUUUUAGUGCAAGUUCUAGUUCAACACGUCUUACUCGUCCAACGUAA